AUGUGGACCACUUUGAAGUCGCAGGGCCAGGACCUGAACCUGUUACCCCUAUUGCCGAGCCCCUCCGUGCAUUCGAUUCUCACGGCCGGCAACGGUAACACUCCAACGCACACACAAAAGGACAUCCAACCCUGUGAAACAGGUUGCCAUGGGAUCGAGAAUGGGAACCGAAUGGGAACCAGAACGAGAACAGGACGAUGA